GGAGUAGUAACUGUCCAAUCAAAAUCAUAUCGAGGAGGGAAAAGAGCGAAGCUGCCGAGAGCUGCACGCUCCGGUUAAUUUUACCGAACCAUCUCUCUCUCUCUGCCAGCCUUCUUGCUUCUUGGUAGGCUAGCAGCAGUAGUCGGAGCAGGAGCUAGCUGCUGCCUUCCGCGCGCGCCCACCUACGCACGCGGGCGCGAGGCGUGGAAUCCAAACAAUGGCGGCCGAGACCGCGGAUCUGUAGGCAUUGCGCGGCGCGGCGGGUGGCGCGGGAUGGGAUCUGGGAGCAGCAAGGGCGCCUCGGCAGCGGCGGCGGCAUCGUCGUCGUCUGGCGGCAGCGGCGAGGCCAAGAAGCGGAGUGGCAAGGGGAGGGGCAGGACCCUGCUGCGGCUGCCGAGCUCCUCCUGCUUCCGGGGCUUCUCGCCGGAGCGCGACGCUCCCUCUACGCUGCCGCCGCCAGGGCUUGAGUCAAGCAAGGGAGGGGAGCCUGCAAGGCUGCCCUCACUCACUCGCAUCGGCAUAUCAGAUGAAGAUGCUCCGACGGUUCCUAAACCUAAUCCAACUGAAGGCAGAAACGCGCCUCCAUCAGGUAACAACAGAGAUCAAGACGAUGAUGCAUUGCAGAAUGCCACUGCCACCAGCACUGCAGUCGGGGACAACCGAUUGCCAAAUGCUUCUGACAGGUCGCGCCCAUGCUUCGGUGUCAACUAUGGGCUGAGCAGAGCUGUCAGCUUGGGAUCAUCAGCGGCAUGCUCCAUUCUGUCAUCCGGCCUCUCCACUUCAGCUAAUCCUGUCGGAGGCCGUGGAGCCGUGGACAAUUCUUCUGAUGUGAACAUCCCCCAACAAGGUGGCACAUCGACUUCUCGUAUCGAUUCAAGUCUGGAUAUGCUUAGAGAUAGCGUCACAACGCAAGCUAGAGCGGCUCACCAGGCUAGGAGAAAUUUGCUGGAAUCCGAAGAUGCUACUUUGAGGUAUUCAAACAGAAGGAUAGGUUCCCAGGAACCUUCCGAAGGAAGUGUCCGGUUUAGCCGGACACUAAGUGUUGGACGACUUCGUGACAGGGUUCUCAGGAGGACUCCAUUCUCAGAUGGUUUAUUCACCCCUUCACUUCUUUAUGAUAGGCCAGUGUGGCCACCAGGAAAUGGUAAUGUUACGCAAGAUUCGUCAAUGAUGCAACGUACUAACUCAGACAGAAGUUCCGAUCCGCAAUCACACCCUUCAGCUAACAGCGUGUACAAUUCUGGCUCUGCAACUCUAAGAGAGGCCGGUAAUCGAGAUCUGCUUGAGCGCAGAUCAGCUUUUCUUGAGAGGAGGAGGAGGAUACGAUCGCAGCAGGUCCGAGCUCUCCAAAGAUUGGGCAGUAGGUUUGAAAAUUUAUCAGGUCACGAGAGAUCAUGCAUUCUAUCUGGUCAGCAUAGAACAGGAAACUGCAACUGCAGAACAAGCAGUCGACCAGGUAAUUCUGAUGAAGAAACCGGCCCAAGGGCUAGCAUAUCAAGAAUUGUUAUGCUAGCAGAAGCACUUUUUGAGGUCCUGGAUGAAAUCCACCAACAGUCUGCUGCUUUAUCCUCAAGGCCAUCGUUUCCUUCAAUUGGAUCUGUUCCUGCUCCAAAGGAGAUCGUCGAGUGUCUUCCUGUGAAGGUGUACAGGAAGCCAUUAAAGCACCAAACUGAUGAGGAUGCACAAUGCUAUAUUUGCCUUGUUGAAUAUGAAGAGGGAGACUCUGUUCGUAUACUUCCAUGCAAUCAUGAGUUCCAUUUAACAUGUGUAGAUAAAUGGCUGAAAGAGAUUCACAGGGUUUGUCCACUUUGUCGUGGUGAUGUCUGCAAGAUUUGAAGUUGAGCAUAGGGAAACUCAGCUGAUUCUUUUAUCUCUUAAGGAUCCAGCUUCUCGCGAGAAAAAUGGAGCUUCUGACAUUGUUCUCUUAUCCGACCUGAUCGAACCUGCAGAAUCUUGCAGGUGUAAUUUGAAAUUGCUUCUUCACUCGUCUGGUCAGAACAACUCAGGAUGCUCCAUGUUAUGCCAAAUUUGCAUCGCAGUCAUCCCCAUUAUAAAACUGAUGAACUGUCAUGUGAAUUUGAGAUUGUUGUACUGUACGGUGGUGGGAAGCUUGUUGAUAUUGGUGUCCGGCUUACGGUUUCGUGAUGUUUGAAAUGGCUAUCCUUUUA